CACGGGAAGUCCUGCCCGCGGAUCGCACCAUGCAUCGUGCACUCUGGCUCUUCGCGCGUCCGUGCCGCUUCGCACGGGCUUCAGCCCCCGCCCCGGCUCCCGGCUUUGGUGGCGGGACUGUGCGCCCUUCCCUGCCUCCGAACACCGCUGGAAUGGCAAGCCAAAAUUCCUUUCGGAUAGAAUAUGAUACCUUUGGUGAACUCCAGGUUCCAAAUGAUAAGUAUUAUGGUGCCCAGACUGUAAGAUCUACAAUGAACUUUAAGAUUGGAGGUGUGACAGAGCGCAUGCCGAUCCCAGUUAUUAAAGCUUUUGGCAUCUUGAAAAGAGCAGCUGCUGAAGUCAACCAGGAUUAUGGUCUUGAUUCAAAGAUUGCUAAUGCAAUAAUGAAGGCGGCAGAUGAGGUAGCUGAAGGUAAACUAAACAAUCAUUUUCCUCUCGUGGUAUGGCAGACUGGAUCAGGAACCCAGACAAAUAUGAAUGUCAAUGAAGUCAUUAGCAACAGAGCAAUUGAAAUACUAGGAGGUGAACUUGGCAGUAAGAAUCCUGUGCAUCCCAAUGAUCAUGUCAAUAAAAGCCAGAGCUCAAACGACACUUUUCCCACUGCGAUGCACAUUGCUGCAGCUGUCGAAGUCCACAGAGUGCUGCUGCCCGGACUGCAGAGGCUGCAUGAUGCUCUCGAUGCUAAAUCUCAAGAAUUUUCCCAGAUCAUCAAAAUUGGGCGGACUCACACGCAGGAUGCUGUUCCACUCACUCUUGGGCAGGAAUUCAGUGGCUACGUGCAACAAGUGAAAUAUGCAAUGACGCGUGUAAAAGCCGCCCUGCCGAGAAUCUAUGAGCUUGCCGCCGGGGGCACCGCAGUGGGUACUGGCCUCAACACUAGAGUCGGCUUUGCGGAAAAGGUUGCUGCAAAAGUGGCUGCCCUCACAGGCUUGCCUUUUGUCACAGCUCCAAAUAAAUUUGAGGCACUGGCUGCUCAUGAUGCUUUGGUUGAACUCAGUGGAGCCAUGAACACUGCUGCCUGCAGUCUGAUGAAGAUAGCAAACGACAUCCGUUUCCUGGGUUCCGGGCCUCGCUCAGGUCUAGGAGAACUGAUCCUGCCUGAAAACGAGCCAGGAAGCAGUAUCAUGCCAGGGAAGGUGAACCCUACCCAGUGUGAAGCGAUGACCAUGGUUGCCGCUCAGGUCAUGGGGAAUCACGUCGCGGUCACUGUUGGAGGCAGCAAUGGACAUUUUGAACUGAAUGUUUUCAAGCCAAUGAUGAUUAAAAAUGUGUUACACUCAGCCAGGCUGCUGGGAGAUGCAUCAGUUUCCUUUACAGAAAACUGUGUUGUGGGAAUCCAGGCCAACACAGAAAGGAUCAACAAGCUAAUGAGUGAAUCUCUCAUGUUGGUGACAGCUCUUAAUCCGCAUAUAGGGUACGACAAGGCAGCAAAGAUUGCUAAAACAGCACACAAAAACGGGUCAACCCUAAAGGCCACUGCUGUGGAGCUUGGCUAUCUCACUGCAGAGCAGUUUGAGGAGUGGGUAAAACCUAAGGACAUGCUGGGUCCAAAGUGAUCUAAAUAAACUUAUGACAGAGAUAAUUAUGUUGUAUAAAAUGAAAAAAUAAAAACACCUCCUUAUAUUUCUUAAACAAAGAUGGGUAAAUUGUACUUGGCUAUCUCUAGCAGAACAGUUUGGUCAGUGUGUGAAACCCAAGGAUGGGCUACAUCCAAAGUGAAUUUAAAAAGUGUAAAAUAAGAAAAUUAAAUUGUGUAAAGCCAAAAAGGAAACAGACUCCUUUUUCCUUUAUGUUAAUUGGCUUGUACUAUAGUUGAAUUUCUGAUUUUUUUGUACACGUUCCUCACUUCAUGUUUUAUAAAAGAGCCAUACCAAUUUUUAAA